UGAAUACGUGGCACAAGAACGCAAUCAGAACACUAGGCCUCGACCCACUGACUUGUGCCUCUACACGCAGCUUUGCACUUUCAUCAGCGACACAUGAUUUCUCUUUGCCAGUAGGCAGAUUUCCCCGCCGUACUUCCCAUCUUGAAAGCCUACUUUACCAAAUACAUGCGCGCAGGAGCUGCUUUUCAUCCUUGAUUCGUCCAAAGUUUGAAUCAUUCCCUACUGACGAUACUUUGACGCACACAACAUCUACGAAGAUGGCGCCCGCUGCGGCAACUCCCGCUGCGGUUUUCGAUGUUACGAAGAAGCCGGAGCCCUACAAGGAUCGGGGCUACCGCAUUCUAGAGCUUCCGAACAAGCUGAAGCUCGUCCUCAUUUCCGACAAAAAAUGCGACAAGGCGGCCGUGGCGGUGUCCGUGAAAGUGGGCAGCCUGUGCGAGAAACCCUACAAGACGGACGGGCUGGCGCACUUCCUAGAGCACAUGCUGUUCCUCGGGACGGAGAAAUACCCGGAAGAGGAAUCGUACAAGAAGUUUUUGAGCAAAAACGGGGGCGGCUGCAACGCUUCCACCAGUGACGACUGGACCAGGUACCACCUGUAUGUCAAGCCCGAACAGCUGGACGAGGCGGUGGACCGGAUCAGUCAGUUCUUCCUCCAGCCCCUGCUCGACGAGAACUGCACGGACCGCGAGAUGCACGCCGUGGACAGCGAACUAUCGCAAGGAAAAAUCCCCCCUCCCCAUAUUGAAGAGGUAGGUUUUCGAAAAUCUGUGUUGCUGAUUUGAGGUCACAAAUCACGUUUGUGUUGCAAGAAGACAAGGGCAGCAGCUUCCGUCCCAUUAUGGAGGCGGUUUGUCAUGCUGUUGAGCCAACAUCACGGACGCUUCUCAUGCUAAGCGCCUAAGUCAAAGCGUCUCUGCUCAGGCUUGAUAUGGGUCUGCAGUCCUCUCUAGCAAGACAGAUGUGAUUUGUGUACUCAAAUACAGCAACACAAAUUCCGCUUUCGAUAUGGGGAGGGGGGAUUUUUCCUCACAAUACGAACACUCGAAAAACCUGCAGAACGAGGCCAGGAGGGCGCUGCAGGUGUUCCGGAACGUAUCGCAAGAAAAAACUGUUUCACUGUAAACUUGUAACGCAGAAAAUGUAUCUGGGAAGUAUUUGUCUUGCCACACAUGCAAGACAAUGGAUUUUUAGCUGUGUUUUCCCUUAGGAAUCUCGCAUGGCAAAUUUUCUCUGUGAUGUAGAACAAAUUUGCGAUGCAAAACCUGCAAAAUCCUUACAGUGAAACACUUUUUUCGUGCGAUAGAACGAGGCGGAUGUGUCGCACCCGCUGAACCACUUUCGCACGGGGAACCUGGAAACUCUGCAGAAGGACAGCAUUCGGGAGAUUCUGCUCAAUUUCCACAAGGACUACUACUCCGCCAAUUUGUAUGAAAUGCAAAAAUGUCUGGGUCUGGAAGAAUGCAACUUGUCAUGCUAAAUCUGAAGCAUGCAAAAAUCUGUGUUGCAUGGUUGCCAAAAGUCGUCCAGGUUUGACCAAGUCGGGAGGCAGUUUCUCAUGCAGGAUAGGCAUGAGAAAGAUCGCACAGAAUCUGUCAUGCUAGGUCCUGCAUUCCAGACCUCAUGGGUCAUGGAAAAGCCGCAUGACAAAUCGCGCAUUCUUCCAGACCCAGACAUUUUUACAUUUGAUAAUUUGAUGGGCGUCGCGAUACUGGGACGGGAAUCCCUAUGGAUGUGUCAGGAUUGAAAUCGACAAAGUUGAAAUAACUUGUAAUGCAUAAAAUGGAUGAAAGUUGCAACCCAGUUUGCAAGUGGCGCAUGACAAGUUUGGGUAGAGCCGAGAUCCAGUCUGUCAUGCUGUUUGGGUAAGGAAGACGUCUUCUGUCAUGCUACUUUAGCAGCUCUAUUUCUACCCCGAGAUAGGCUUACAAUCUGCCUCCCUUGCCUACUCUGCAAGACAGGCAUUUUCUGCGUUGCAUUUUAUGCAUGACAAACUAUUUCAACUUUGACGAUUUCAAUCCUGACAGUUCCAUAAUCCCUGGAAGAGUUGGAGAAAAUGGCGGUUGGGGGGAUGAAAACUUCCACUCCGGCUACUUCGGAUGCGCCGCUUAUUGUCUCGCCACCGCAAGAAAAGAAGUCUCCGGAUAAAGACGCGGUUGUCGCUCCUAAUCCUAGUAAUCUCCGGUUCGCCGCCGUGGAAAACAAGGACGUGGCGCUUCCAGAGUUCCCGUACGCGUUUGGCCACUACGCCAAGAACCGCGUCGCGAAGAUCGCGAAACACAUAAUCUUGCCAGAAAGCACGAAUCAAGGAUUAACAAGUACAACAACAUCUGCAAACUACGGAACAUCUAGUACAACUUCUUCACCCUCUUCUUCAUCCAGUAGGACUAUGCCCAACCUGCCUGUUGCCACCUUGAUCGAGCCGGUGAAGGAAGAGCGGUACUUCGCCUUCCAGUUUUUCACCCCGGAACAGGACCGGCUGUUUUGGCGGGAGAAGACCGACAGUUUCUGGAGCCACGUCCUCGGCUACGAGGGGCCCGGGUCGCUGCUGUCGUUCUUGAAGGAGAAAAACCUGUGCACGAGCUUGUCCGCCGGUAUGUACUACGACGGGGGCGGCACCGGGGUGUUUCAAAUCCGGGUCAGCUUGACCAAGGAAUUCGCGGAGUCCGGCUUCGAACUGAAGCAAAUCGGCGAGUUGGUUUUCAAAUACCUGGUGAUGCUGAAAAAGGAUUUGAUACUCAACAACUUUGCAGCGGGUACAAGAACAACUGAACCAAGUUCAGAAGGAACAAAUGGUAGUACAACCAGCAGCCCAACAAGUGGGACGUCGUCGAAAAACAGUAUCAUUCGGCGCAUUUGGGAGGAGAAGCGCGACCUGGCGGAGUUGCGGUUUAAAUACCGGCCCCUUCCCGACCCGGUGGACUCGGUUUUGACCGCGAGUCGGAACGUGCUGCUGUACCCGAAAGAGGAACUGUUGUCCGGUAUCCGGUGUAAGAACGUCCCCGCCCUAUAGUCAAGAUGGGAAAUCUGCUAGACAAAUCAACAAGCUUUGGUUGUUGCGCAUGUUGAUGAGAAGUGUGGCCUCGUAGUGUAAUCCUGUUGAGCUAGUUCAGCAGCAUCACAGAGCUAGCGCAUCAUGCUUAUUGGGGCAUGACAAAAUCCGAAACAGGGCUAGAAAAUGCUUCGCAUGGGGCUCCGCAUGAGAAACAUUUUCAGCAUGCAGAUUUGCAUUACAACUAUAGGACGGGGACGCUUUUACUCAGGAUAUCCGGGAGCACUUUGUUGUACGAAGACCGCUACAAUGAAAGGGAGAUCUGCGAGUUCUUCGAGUUUUUCCGGCUGGACAAUUUGAGACUGGUGGUCUUCCACGAAAACAGCUGCGCGGCAGAUUAUUUGUACAACAACGACAGUGCUGCUGCUGCUGCUGCAACCUCCACUUCUACCGGAGGAGCAGAGGUUCUUGCGCCGACGUCAGAAAUGUCGAAGGGUGCAGACCACAACAAGACGGAGCUGGAGCCGUUCUUCAGGGUGAAGUACAAGAAGCCGCAGGCGUUACACCCCGUUUUGCUUUCGCAGUGGGCGAAGGUUGACAAGGUGCUGGACCAGCUCGCUUUACUCCAGCAGUUCAACAGUUACGGGGGGAACAAGGCAAAACAGGAAAUCACAAACCAGACCUCGUCCGCGAAACUGGCACUAGAAGUGAAAAAAUCGAUCGCGUUCCUGGAGAUACCUGAGGCGUUUUUCGUGAUGAAGCCGAAUCUGUUCAUUCCGGUCGACUUCGAGCUGAAAAAAACCGUCAAUUUCAACGACAACGCGGCGAAAAACGGAAUCGAGAAAUUCUGCGACGUCGUGCCGUUUCACCAAGGAGUCGGACAAGAACGUCAACGAGCAGUUGGCGCAUCCAAGGCGUUUGCGGACGACGUGCACAGUUUGUACCGGAAAAAAGAAGUCGCUAUUUCAUCUUCCAGCACGCCCACAAGAAACAGGAUCCUGUUCAAGCCGACACUGUUUCCGUACGACGAGCCCCGGAUCUACCUGAAGAUCAACCUCUACAGCGAUUUCGUGGCGGAAAGUCUCCACAACUACUGUCUGACGCUGUUCACCGUGCAGACGAUUUUGGAGUAUCUGAACGAGGUGUUCUACGACUGCGAGAUUUCCGGCCUGGACUACGACAUCGUCACGCACUCCUUCGGCGGGUUGACGAUUUUCUGCGGCGGGUACUCGGACAAGUUGUUCGUUUUGCUGGAAGAGUUGUUGAAAAAUUUCAUGACGGUCUUGGGCGAAGAUGAAAGAACAAAAGAAACUGCAGUAAAAAUAUCUGCGGAAGACAAGAAGUCCAGUCCGGACACGAAGAAGUUGGAGUCUUCGCUGCAAAUUCUGAUCCAGCGAAAGCUGAAAACGUGGUUCAACUCCGCGUUUAAAAAGCAGCCUCUGGAAGUGGCUAGCUGCACCGUGGAUGAGAGCAUCGCUAUGAACGAUUACCCCAUGGAGGACAUGUACGAGUGGCUCCUAAAGAUGACCAACGGCGGCAGGACAUCGACCAGAAUAUCAUCGUCUUCGGGGGAAGUUGUAGACCAGCCCUGCGCACUCACGCUGGACGCGCUGCGGACCUGUUUCGCCAAUCUGUUCCAAAACACGAAGACAAGGAACGCGAGUUCUUCGUCAGAUAGAAGACCGCUGAUUGCCGAGGGACUGGUCGAAGGGAACCUGUCCGCGGAUGCGAUUGCCAGAGUGCACGGCAUUCUGGAAAAAAAUCUGCCGUUCCUCUAUAACAACAAGACAACUGAUCCUACGGAAGGUCGUGACAAAAGAAGUCCAACAGGCUGUAAACGUAAAGCGAAGGAACAAGAACAGCAGUCUCCUGCAAAGGGUCUUGUCCCAUCUGAAGAUUAUACCGUUCUUGUGCCCGGUUUCAAGAAAGGCGUGAAGCUGGUCGAAAAAGACAGCAAAAUAGUGAAGAAAUCGCCGAACGCGAACGACCCAAACAGCGCGACGGUGAUGUACAUUCAAACCGGCAACUACUGUUUGACCAAGCCAGAAAGCCGGUCCGAAGCGGAAAUCUCGAAGGUCAUCCAGACCCGCGCCCUCAACAUGCUGCUCUAUGAAAAUGAAAAAUCCCCCCUCCCCAUAUCAAAACGGAAAUUUGUGAUGCUGAUUUGCGGCCACAAAUCAGCUUUGUAUUGCAGAGAGGCACUGCGGCCAGAUCCCCAGGCUAGGUAGGGGCGUAUGGGUCUAGCAGUUCAGCAUGGGAAACGGGCCCCCUUUAGGCCCAACAGCGUGACAAAUUGCUUCCAAAAUGGGGCGGAAGCUUCUGCCCUUGUCUUCUUGCAGGACAGAUGUGAUUUGUGACCUCAAAGCCGCAACACAAAUUUUUGGAAACAUACCUUUUCAAUAUGGGGAGGGGGGAUUUUUCCUCUCAAUAUGCUCGCGCAGCUAUUUGCUCAGCCCUUCUUUGCGGAUUUGCGCACCAAGCAGCAUAUUACAGUGAAAAAUGCCCCCCACCCCUGAAAUUGCAAAAAUUUGUGAUGCGAAGUUUCCAAAUGAAAACUUUUUGUCAUGCAUGAAAGGAGUAUGAAUCUUUCUGAUGCAGAGUCUAGUCGUGUAUCGCAUCGCUUGCAUGACAAGCGCCGCUCUUGCUGGGGUCUUUUGCAAUACAAAUUUUUGCUAUAAUUCACGAUUGGAAACCUGUGAUGCUGAUAGAUGCAAGAGGGCGAACGUUUCAUUUGGAAAGGUUUGCAAUGCAAAUGCUCCCAAGUUCGGGGGUGGGGGCAUUUUUCAUUGUAAUACAGCAGCUCGGGUAUUUGGUGUCCGCCCGCGCGGACUUCGUGAAUGGUAUGACCGGGAUGCAGUUUCGCGUGCAGAGCAGUCACACGAACUGCGCAGAGAUCGAGCAACGGAUCCUAACCUUCUUCAACAACUUUCGAGAAGAGGUUUUGCUGUCCCGGUAUCACGUGAGCGCCCCCUGCCAAGCGACGAUCGACAGCAACUUUUUCUACAACAUGACCGACAAUCCGACAAGUUCCACCACCGCUGGUGGGGACCACGCUACAACAAUAAAUAGCAACACCACGACGUCCGAAUGGCAGCAGUUCCUGAACGGAGUGUGCUCCAAACUCGAAGAGAAACCGAAGAAGCUCGCGCAGGAAUUCUCGGCGCACUGGGGCGAAGUGAGCUUUCGCAGCUUCAACUUUUCGUGGAAGCUGAAAGCGAUCGAGUUUUUGAAAGCCCUGCCGUUCGAGACCUUUCUGGACUACUACGACACCGUCGUGGCAAAGGCGCCCAAGCUCUGGGUGCACUGUCUGGGACCGAAUGACGACAGCUGGAAGGUCGGGGAAGCAGGUAGUAGUGCCGCAGGGGCAGUAGAGAUUGGCGAGGAACUGUUCCUGAGCGAACAGUACCAGCAGUUCGUAAACAAUGUUGUCUAGCAACCGACAAGACGGUGAACAGAACAUAUAGGCGACACUGAUGAUUGUGCUGCAUGAGCUAGUACGUAUAUCCAAAACGAUGACAGCUACAUCUGGCAGCGCGCCUGCCUGUGCACUACACGGGAACGAGUUCCUCUCGGCUGAAAAGAAGCUAACGGG